CCGGAAGUGGAAUCAAAACAUUGAGAGGUUGCAGGGGGUUAUUUAUUUAUUACGAGUCAAUGGCAGAAACAGUUAUCGCUUGAUGGGAAUAAUCAGGAAUCUGUCCGCGAAUUUGACAGUAAUUCGUCAAAGUUUAUUUAAAAAUCACCAAAAAACAAUCAUCAUGUCCAGAAAAGUUCAUGCCAGCAGGACUGAAGGGGUUGAUAAAAAUGUCUGGGUUGAAUUUACCCAGCUUGCUGCAGACUACAAAGCUGUGAACCUCGGUCAGGGGUUCCCUGACUUUUCUCCCCCUGAGUUCAUCCGAGAGGCUUUCUGUGAUGCUUUGAAAGGAGGACCUGCCAUGCACCAGUACACUCGGGCUUUUGGACACCCUCCCCUUGUAAAGAUCCUGGCCAAAUUUUUCAGCAGGAUUGUGGGACAUGAGAUCGAUCCUCUGGAGGACAUUUUGGUGACAGUCGGAGCUUAUCAGGCCCUUUUCUGUGCUUUUCAGGCUCUGAUUGAUGAGGAAGAUGAGGUCAUAAUUGUUGAACCGUUCUUUGACUGCUACCAGCCGAUGGUGGUGAUGGCUGGAGGGAAACCAGUGUACAUACCUCUAAGACCUAGAGAGGGCCGUGCCGUCUUGUCGAGUGGAGAUUGGGUUUUAUCCCCCGAGGAGCUGGCCAGUAAAGUCACUCCACGAACAAAAGCCAUCGUCAUCAACACCCCAAACAACCCUUUAGGAAAAGUUUAUAAGCUCGAGGAACUACAGAUGAUCGCAGAUCUUUGCAUCAAGCACGACCUGGUGUGUUUCAGCGACGAAGUGUACGAGUGGCUCACCUAUGAUGGUGCCAAGCAUGUAAAAAUCGCUAGCCUUCCUGGCAUGUGGGAGCGAACCAUCACUAUUGGGAGUGCUGGAAAGAGCUUCAGUGCUACUGGCUGGAAGGUCGGCUGGGCCAUCGGCUCGAGAGAUGUCAUCAAACACUUAAAAAUUAUUCAUCAAAACUCUAUUUACCACUGUGCAACAGCGGCUCAGGAAGCCGUGGCUCGUGGGUUUGAGAGAGAGUACGAGGUAUUUGGUGCUCCAGACAGCUACUUCCAGCAGCUGCCUGCCAUGCUGCACAACAAGAGACAGAAGCUGGCCACGUGUCUGCAGAGCGUCGGUCUGAACCCAAUCAUGCCAGAGGGAGGAUAUUUUAUGAUUGCAGAUAUUUCCUCUGUCAAAGUGGAUCUGAAUGAUGAGAGUAAUAAGGAUGAAUCACGCGACUUUAGAUUUGUCAAAUGGUUAAUUAAAGAAAAGGGCCUGGCGACAAUCCCCGUCUCUGCUUUUUACAGUCCGGAGCAUGGGAAGGAAUUUGACAAAUAUAUCCGUUUCUGUUUUGUAAAGGAGGACUCUACACUAAAAGCAGCAGAGGAUAUCUUAAAGAAAUGGAGUCAAAGAGAAUAAAAUUACCCGUCCAACCUCCUCCCACCAGCUCUUUUCAGGUGGCGUGAUCAGCUGUCUCAGGAAAACAUAAUAAAUACUUUUUUGUUUCCACUCUGUCCCAACAAACCUAUACAACUUCCAUCCACUUACCGUAAUUAAGCAUCUAUAAAAGCCAUAUGUACAUCAUAUACGUGCAGUUUUGUUUUAGAAAUUCUUCAUUUUACCUGCUCUCAAAUUCGAUUGAAAUAAACUCUUAAUGAAGCUUUUGAAAUGA